CGAGCAGCGCCAAAGGAUCUCCGGUUGUGCAGGAAGAAGAAGCCAGCAUACUUCACCGGAGAGCUGAGGGUUGAAUCAGCUCGUGCAGUGGUCAAACACAAAGAUCGCGAUUCGGUGCUGGCCGUCAGCUGGAGCAGUCAGUGCCGUUCAAUUGGCGGGCGACGUCAUUUGCGCUGCACGCGCCUCGUCCCCGUCCGGUUCUGGCCCUCGCAUGAUUCAAGUUCUAUUCUUCGGUCGCUCGUCUUCACAUCUGGAACCAUGCUCCAGAGAUCUGCCAGUGCCUCACUUACCUGGGCACGCCUGCGAUAUCUUUGACUGCAAGUUUUCGGCCAGUCUGAUCUCAAUAAUGCUCUCUCCGCCCAGAUGACCUCCAGGCCAGUGCGGAAGCUCCGGACAGCUGCUCCUCGUCCCUCUUCGAGUCUGGCUUCACGAUGGGCUGCUCUGCAUCCACCGGUCCGGACUGGCGGUCUAUCCCGUUCGAGGUCUACAACAACUCCUGGUCCAUCGCCGCGGCAGGUAUUGUCCAAGAGGCAUCUUGCUCAAGUUCGGCCAGAGCCCAUCUCCGAGGUGUGGUUCACUUCGUCGUGUCCGAAACCCAGUCCUGCGGAUGACCUGCUUGGCCCAUCCACGCCGGGAAACAAUAAAGGAGCGCAAGACCACCAGCCGCCUGACGAGCGCUUGGUUAGGCUAGGAAAAACAUUGAGAACGCUGUCUCCUCUACUACCCGAUAUCCUCACCACUCCACUCCCCCAUGAAAUACUCUCGCCCGACAUUUCAUUACACCUUUUUCCUUCCACCCAUCCUCACCUUCCCGCAGUCAAGGGCCGCGUUGCAUACCGCGCUGCACUAUGGACAGCUCCAGUGGCGUGGGGCUCCUUGCCGAUCCUAGGCAAUGUCAAGCUCAAGAUCAUCUCCGAGAAGAUCGUGCGUACUGGGUUGAGAUAUGCAAUACCUGAUGACCAAGCCUCAGAUCUGAUGGAGGAGAAGCUCGUGGUGCGCUGGAAAACCGAGCCCAAACAGAAUGGAACUGAAAACCCAUCCUCAGACGCGGGAGCCUCGAGCGCCGCCGACUCCAAUGCACUCUCGCAAGGCGGGAUCAACCGCGGCCUGUCAAAGCUUCUUGGUGGUGAUAAACCAAUUCUCAAUCUGAACAAUGGCGACGAGUUCACAGGCCUCUUCAUAUUUACUUUCGAUUCCAAGGGCCGCAUCGCUAGCCAUACUAUCGAACACGCCGACGAGAACAAUGGCUUCGAUAAGACGAGCAAGGUGGUCACCUUGACUGACUGGUUGCUGGGCAAGGCCAAAUGGGGCCGAGGCAGAGACAAAGAGCAGGAUAUCAUGCCCGGACUCGCCAUGAGGGUCUGCCGCGAUGAGUGGAAUGAUCGCAGACAUUUGCCCAAACCUCAGUGAAACAGCACGUUGGAUGGACCCGCGAGGGCGGAUGGGAGAAAAUGCCAAUUGCUGCCCAUCCUCGAUAUCCACCACAUACCACAAAAAGUAACGACAGGCAACGGCUCUUUUGAAAUGCCCAAUAUUGAUACCCUCCACUCUACGGACAAGGCGGAUGAAAAGUCUGAUGAAUCAUACGGCAAUAAGCCCUCACUCCCCUCUAACAUAGGUAGCUGAUGUCCCUAUUAUUGUGGCUAUAACUUGCGGCAAAACUAACGUACGUUCCUUUGGACAUAAGUGACCCGUAGGUUUACAACCCUGUCUCAACGCACUUCAGGUAUGCUAGAAGCCACAGGACUUUGCAAACGAAAAACAGUUUAUGCCAUUUUGUCUACUAUUGCGCUUUCAUAUCUGUCGCAUGCCGAUUGAGUUUUUGGGGAAGCGCCUUUAACCAGGAGAUCUUAAGAGGAUCCCGAGGCUGAAAAGGGGAAUUCGUUCCUAGCCACUGCUUCCUUAAAGCGUCUCCUCCAGAGCCAAUACCUAAACGUAAAAGUCAGUACGCGCAGACAAACGAGGAUCCGACAGGGGAGUAAGCAGACUUACCAAAGCCGUCCGCGCUGGAAUAUACACCUGGGUGUAGUUCUUCCGGUUAUUCCAGGGGAAGUCCGUGGUGAAGAACCUUGUGUCCUUUGCAUUUCUGCCAAAGCCACCGUGCUCCGGUGCAUCUGUGUCAAUGACAAUCCUGUACACGCCCGCCUGUUCCACGCCUACACGAUAGUCCGCAAACGAGUUGGUGGGAUGGAAGUUGAAAAUCCAGAGCAGUCCGGCCCGCUCAAACACAAGGACCUUGUCGCCUUCAUGCUUCAGCGAGACGUAUGCCUGCGGUGAAUGAAGCCAGCCAUACUUCUCCUCCGUCCACUGCAUUGUGCGGUCGAAUUCGUUCAGGAACUUGUAUCGGAGCAGAUGGUCCUCGGUCAAAUUGAACUGCCUCCGGGCGUACCAGAAGGAGUUGUCGUUUCCUGCGCGAGGAAAAUCGAGCCAUUCCGGAUGGCCGAACUCAUUCCCCUCGAAGUUAAGGUACCCUUCGCCACCAAGGCCGUGGACGACCAGGCGAAUCAUCUUAUGAAGCGACAUUGCUCGCUCAAUCUUGGGGGUGAGCUCCGUCAGCGUGGACAUGUGGGUGUACAUUUCAGCGUCCGCCAGCCACAUCAUCAAUGACUUAUCCCCCACCAGCGCCUGGUCGUGGGACUCGGCAUACGCAAUCGUCUUUUCACCGUGCCGCCGGUUGGUCAGGGUGAAGGAAAUGUUUCCAAUAUCCCAUUCAUCAUCCGAUUUUUCUUUCAGUAACUUGAUCCACAUAUCCGGAAUGGCCAUGGCAAGCCGAUAAUCGAAGCCCACGCCACCCAGAGACAGUUUCAGACACAGGGCAGGCAUCCCAGAGACAUCUUCGGCAACUGUGAUGCACUCGGGAUAUAGGUCAUGGAGCAUCUCGUUUGCCAGCAUCAAAUACACAACGCCAUCUUCGUCAACAGAAGGACCAAAAUACUCGUGGUAACCUCCUGAGAAACCCGUGCCUAUGCCGUGGUGAGUGUAAAGCAUGGAAGUCACGCCGUCAAACCGGAAGCCAUCGAACUGGUAUUCUUCCAUCCAGAAACGGAGGUUUGACAACAGGAAGCGUAGAACUUCAUGGUGACCAUAGUUGAACAGGCGGGAAUCCCACAACUCAUGCCGGCCCUUGGCACCUUCGUGAAAGUAUAGGUGAUCACUACCGUCAAACAUGUUGAGACCAUCCAAGGUGUUUUUGCUCGCGUGUGAGUGCACAACAUCCAGAAGAACGGUGAGGCCCAUUCCGUGUGCGGUGUCAAUGAGCUCCUUCAGAUCCUCCGGGGUGCCGUAGCGAGAACUGGCUGCAAAGAAGGUGUUGACUUGAUAUCCAAAGCUAGCAUAAUAGGCGUGUUCCAUGAUGGCCAUCAGUUGAAUGACAUUGUAC